AUGUCUGCUCACUCAGUGUUUGAUGGUAUUAAAACUGCACUGGUCCAACCAACAUUUUUGACUUUAGAUAAUUCUGAGGCUAGCUAUGAUGCUGUUAUUCAAUUUUAUUCCGCCGAGGGCUUACCAAAGAUGGAUCUGAUGGGACAUGCUGACCCAUAUUUUAUUGCAAAUAUUGAUGAUCGAAUAUCAUAUACAUCAUCAAUUCAAUCUAAUACAGGAACACCUGUAUGGGACGAUGAAAAAUGGAUUGUGCGAAAUAUUCCUUUUGAUGCCAAACUUACAGUUAAAAUCUUUGAUAAAGAUGAUGAGAAAAUUAUUGAUGACUACAUUGGUGAAUUUAGCAUUGUUAAUUUAAUCAAUUAUCGUGCACCGUCAAUAGGUCAUGAAAUAAUUUCUCCAUUAUUUGCUCGUCAUAAUGGCUAUUUUCAUUUAUCGGUUUCUUCAAUGCUAUCAGCAGAAGGAACGAAACACCUUCCGCGUUAUACAUUCGAUGGUCCUUGCCGGUAUUCUCGCCAUGAUUCACUUGCUGUUGGUCGUUUAACUAUGCUCAAUGCUGAUUGUAUUUAUUCAACAUGGAAAAUACAAAUGAAAAGAAUCUCAAUGUUUUUCAAACCUCAAGAACGACAACAUUGGAAUAAAAAAUAUAAAGCAGCACAGGCGAUAUUUAGUGACGGUCCACUAGCAGUGGCCACAAAAGCUACUAUUAAAUUAGCACAUAAAACACUUUAUGGUCGUACAUUGAAACAUAAUGAAAAUGGAACUUUAACGAAUGCUGAUGAUCUUUGGAAAUUAGUUUUCGCAGAUCGAACAACAAAAUCUAUUAAACCAUGUCGAUAUACGUAUGUUAUUGAUGAUAAUACAUGGCGUUUCAGUGAAACUGACAUUCAAUUUUUUGCUGAUUUUGCUAGUAAACACGCGCUAUUAGCUAAUGGAUCGGAAUAUGUUCGUUAUGCUGGCGAAUUUCAUCCACGUCCAAAACAUGGAUGGGCUAAAUGUGAUAACCAAUGGGAAAUAGUAUUCGACAAUGGAUCUGGUACUUAUGCGCCAAGUCCUGAACUAUUGAUUAAUUUGAAAGAUUUAUUGCUAUUCAAUUUUCCUGGAUUAAAUAUUGUUACGUAUGAUUAUCAAGAUCCGGAGUUGAAAAAAAGUUUGGCAGCAUUAAAAGAAGCAGUAGAAAAUAAUAAGACCACUGUAUCAACAAUUCAAAAUAUUGUUUUUUCUUGUCCAGAUUCGACCUAG